UCAUUGAGGCAAGGUCUCAUUCAAAAAUAGUUCGCCAUGUUGUAACAUCCGGAAUGCCUCCUCGAAUUCAGUGGAAACUUUUCGUGGAAGCGAAAUUGGAAUUAAGGAUGGAGGAGAGAUGAGAAAUCGAAUUUGCCACCCACCGUUCUUCUUCUCUCCCGUUGUAGAAGCGUUCCGUCGGUUUCAGCAGCUCCAAUUUUAUAACCGAAAACCGUUAUGGCAAAAAAUCUCAGUCCGCUUUGCCAUUACCCGCUAUAAAUGGGCUGCUAUAUCUUAGAGCAUCUUUUUUUACAUAUUCCGCUUUGAGUUUCGUUCUUUCUUUCUUUCUCCUAUUGACUCGGAAAGAUGGCUGUGAUUGGCGCGGCCCCGUGGAGGUUCUGUUCGUUCUCGGAUUCUAAACUUGGAUUUUCGGAUUCCCUGUCGUCGCCGAGCGCCAAGUUUGUGAGGUGGAAUGCGGUUCGGUUUGAUGCAGUGAAGGCGAGAUCGAGGCACGUGACGCCGAUUAAGGCGGUGAAGGCGUUUGUCAGUGGCCAAGCUGAUGGUGCUGGAGGUAAAAAUGGUAUGUCGACAAACAUUGUGUGGCAUGAAUGUUCUGUAGAUAAAUUCGAGAGGCAACGGCUACUUCAGCAGAAAGGAUGUGUCAUAUGGAUUACUGGCCUCAGUGGUUCAGGAAAAAGCACUUUGGCUUGUGCCUUGAGUCGAGCCUUGCACUCCAGGGGAAACCUAACUUACGUCCUUGAUGGAGAUAAUGUUCGACAUGGCCUAAACCGUGAUCUUAGUUUUAGAGCAGAAGAUCGUGCUGAAAACAUACGAAGGAUUGGGGAGGUAGCAAAGCUAUUUUCGGACUCGGGUAUUAUUUGCAUUGCUAGUUUGAUAUCUCCAUACAGAAAGGAUCGAGAUGCUUGCCGUGCAAUGUUGUCUGAAGGAAAUUUUAUUGAGGUAUUCAUGGAUAUCCCCCUAGAGGUUUGUGAGGAAAGGGACCCGAAGGGUCUAUACAAGCUUGCACGAGCUGGAAAAAUAAGAGGUUUUACAGGGAUUGAUGAUCCAUAUGAGCCACCAUUGAAUUGUGAGGUGGUAUUGCAACAGACUGGAGGAGACUAUGCUUCCCCUAGUGAUAUGGCUAAAACAGUAAUAUCUUACUUGGAAGAGAAAGGUUACUUGAAGGGUUAAUUUGUGGAGAAAUUCCAGGAUUCCUAGCUGUCAAAGCUUCUUAUGCCCUGUCAAAUGAUAUGUUGCAAGAAUGGAAAUUUACUCCAUUAAGGACUCGUUUCCUGGCUUUGGAGUUGAAAUUAAUGUCAAUGCUUCAGCAUUUAAUGUUACUGUUCAUUGUUUUGAAUGUUGUCUCAUGUACUAUGGCUUUCAUUAGUUGGUCCACAUAAAAAUAGGGGAGUUCAGUGAUAACAAAUGUGUAUGAUUUGAAUUUUAGCAAUAAACUAUUGGUUUAUGAUUUGAUUUUAGUAAUAAGUUUUUGGUCGUGUAAUAAGAUUUCUCAAAUUUAUGCAGAAUGCUUAAAGACA